UUGGCUGGAUUCAGUGUCAGGCCUGCCUGCUGGAUCUGGCCCAGGACUCGCUCCAGGUGAUGCAGGUGCUGCUCCCAGGUGUCACUGAAGAUGACCACAUCAUCCAGGUAGGCAGCACUGCAGUCCUCACACCCCCGUAGAACCUGGUCCAUCAGUCUCUGGAAGGUGGCGGGUGCCCCAUGCAGGCCAAAGGGCAUCACCGUGAACUGGAAGAGGCCGGAAGGUGUCUGGAACGCUGUGUAGGGACGACUGGAUGCUUCCAAGGGUACCUGCCAGUAGCCCUUACAGAGGUCCAGGGUGGUGAUGAACCUGGCCCGGCCAAUCCUCUCCAGCAGCUCGUCGAUCCGUGGCAUCGGGUAGGCGUCAAACUCCGACAUUGCGUUCAGCUUCCUGAAGUCGAUGCAGAUGCGGAGGGAACCGUCCUUCUUCACCACAAUGACCACUGGGCUGCACCACUCGGACUGCGACGGUUCGAUCACCCCCAGGCGCUGCAUCUCUUCCACCUCCUUCAGGAGCUUGGCCACCAGAUGUUGUGGCACCCGGUAACUCCUCUGGCGAACUGGCCCCUUGUCUUUCAGGUGGACCACGUGCUCGAUGAGGCCGGUCCUCCCCGGGCUGGCAGCGAAGAGCUUGGAGACCCUCUCGAACACCUGGCACAGCUGGCUGGACUGGACAGCAGAGAGAUGGCCCAGAGCAGGUUCAGCAUACUGGUGGCGGUCGGCGAGGAUACACUCCUCCUCCCCUUCACUGUCCCCCUCCAUCACCAAUAGGGCCGCCACAGGGCCCUGAGCUGGAGCCUCCUUCCACUCCUUCAGCAGGUUGAUGUGGUAGACCUGCUUUGCCCUUUUCUUGUCCGGGUGGUGGAUCUCAUAGGUCACAGGGCCCAUCUUCCGGAGGACGGUGUACGGGCCCUGCCACUUGGCAAGCAGCUUGCUGUUGGAGGAUGGGAGGAGGAGUAGGACCUUCUGGCCGGGCUGGAACUCUCUGCGUCUGGCAUGUUGGUCGUACCACGCCUUCUGGGCCUGCUGGGCUUCGCGCAUGUUGACCUCGGCCUCCUCCCGGUACUUUGCCAGCCGGUCCCUCAUCUCCAACACGAAUUGGACCACACUGCGGUCACUGGUGCCUGUUGCAGGAGCCUCCCACGUCUUUAGAAGCAGAUCCAAUGGCCCCUGUACCUCCCAGCCAUACAGUAGUUCAAACGGGGAGAACCCCGUGGAGGCUUGGGGAACCUCUCGGUAGGCGAAAAGCAGGAAGGGUAACCACUGGUCCCAGUCUUGCCCGGUGUCAGACACAAAUUUCUGCAGCAUCUUCUUGAGGGUUUGGUUGAAACGCUCAACCAAGCCAUCUGUCUGAGGGUGGUAUGGGGUGGUCUUGAUUGUGGAGACCCCCAACUGUCGGUGGAAGAGCUGCAGGAGUCUGGAGGUGAAAUUAGUCCCCUGGUCUGUGAUGAUCUCGUCUGGAAUACCCACCCUGGAGAACAGCUGGACCAGGCAACGCAACACAGCCGGAGCAGUGACCGUGCGCAGGGGAAAAGCCUCAGGGAAACGAGUGGCAUAAUCACAGACCACCAGGAUGUACUGGUGCCCUCCGCUGCUCCUCACCAAUGGGCCAACAAUGUCCAUGGCUAUCCGCCUAAAUGGAGUGGAGAUCACGGGUAGUGGUUGGAGGUAGGCACGGUCUGAUUGGCGGACAAAGCAAGUCUUCUGACAGGUGGGACAGGUUUUACAAAAUGUUUGUACAUCCGCAUACAUGGAAGGCCAGAAGAACCUUGCAGAUAUCCGCAGGUAGGUUUUGUUGCGACCAAGAUGACCAGCCCAAGGCAAGGUGUGUGCCAGGUGCAUGAUCAUCUGCCGACAUGACACAGGAACCACCAGGCGUCUGACCUCAUCUGUCAUCGCAUAGAGCACAUUAUUGUCCACAACAAACCAGUCUUUGUCCUUCUUUGCUAGGUCCUGUCCCCAAACCACCUUGGCGAACAGGGGCGUCAGAGUUGUGUCCUCCCUUUGUAAGGCCCCAAUGUCCUCUGGCACAUUCCAUCUGUCCUUUGCCAGCCCCUUUUUUCGGUCUGGCUCCUGGGAUUUCAGCCCCUUCUCAAACCGCCGCUGACGGCGGGAUUUUCUGGGGCCCUUUGUGCCCCCCUCAAACAAACCACUGUCCAGGGUUGAAAAAAGUUCUGGCUCAGGGCCCUUUUCCUGCCCUGGGCCGGUUGCAAUCCCCGCUCUGGCCUGGGCACGGGUGAUCACCAGCCCAGACAACCCUUUCCCCAGGUCACUGGCUGUGGGUCCUGCCUCCAGCAGCACGUCCAGUAGCACUGGGAAGUCCCAACCCAGGAUCGCAGCCACAGGCAACCUAUCCACCACCCCCACAGUCAGCAGAUAAGGCUGCUCGUCCACUACCACUGUCACCUCAGCUGUGGGGUAGGAAUGGCUGUCCCCGUGUGCGCACAGAAUGUCUUCCUGUCUGCUAUAAUCCACACUGCCCGUUGGCACCAGCUCCCUUCGCACCAGCGUCAGGAAGCUCCCAGAGUCAACCAAAGCAGUCACACAUUCCCCAUUUAUGGUUAUUUCCUUGAAUCUUGGUUGCCGUCCCCCAGCACUUGCAACCUCCGCUCGGGGAGUGUAGCAGGCACUGCUAAGCUUGGCUUUUCUGAUGGGGCACAGAGCAGCCUUGUGUCCUGCUUGCUGGCAGUAAAAACAAAUAAGCUCCUUACCAGGGCUGCGCUGGCGAGGUGCGGACCGAGGUUCUCCUGCUGGAUGCUGGCUGGCUCUGGCCGCUGGUCUGGGCUGUGAUGAAACCUGCCGACUGGGUCCACCCUGGUUGACUGUCGGGCCUCCCCUCCGUGCGUUAAGGUACUGCAGUGCCAGCUUCCCUGCAGCUAGCCCAUCCGUCGGCUCAUGCUCCUUCACCCAGGUGCGGAUGUCAGCCGGGAAGACCCUCAGCAGCUGCUCCAAUAUGACCUGCUCCCCGAUCUGCUCCUUUGUAUGCUGCUCUGGCCGGACCCAUCGACGGUAGAGACCCUUUAAGCGGUGGUAAGUCUCUGUGGGGUUCUCUCCUGGUGGGACAGCCAUGGACCGGAACUGCUGGCGAUAAGUCUCCGGGGAGAUGUCAAAUUUCAUCAGGAGCGCUGCCUUCAGGUCCGGGUAGGAGUGAGCCAGGUCCUCAUCCAUCGCUGUGUAAGCCUCCAGCGCCUUUCCAGUUAGCAGAGGCACCAGGCGACAGGCCCACUCACUGUCUGGCCAACCCCACGUUCUGGCAAUGCGCUCGAAGCGGAGCAGGUAAUUUUCAAUGUCCUCUCCCGCCAGAUACUGAGGGAUCUUGGGGUCACCCCAGGGUCGGCUCUCAGACCUAGGAGGUUCUGCCAGGCUACUUGCCCCAAUCCUUGGUGCCUCCACGGGAGAACUGCGUCGUGGCCGAGGAGCUGGAGUUGGUAACUCAAGACGGAGGCUCAUAGUUGAUCCAGCAGAUGGCGGAGUGGUUCUUGGUGCUGGACUUGGUGUUACCGGCCUCCGUUCUGCUUCAGGCUGCUGCAGUGGAACUGGUAAGGCAGCUCGAAGCCCUCUGAGCUCUGCAAGCAAGCCCUUCUCUCUCCUCUGCUGCCCCUCCAGGAAAGUUCUCAUCACUGUAAGCAGCUCCGCCCCAGCACCUGAAGUUCCCGGGUCUGCCUGCCAGGAAGGCCCAGCAGCACCCUCUUCAUCCUCAUCCUCUGUGGCCCAGGCUGCUUCCUCCACAGCUUCUUCCACUUUUUGUGACCGCAGUCCGGUCCGUCUUCCUGUGAACCGGAUGCGUCCCCUUCGACUGGCCAUCCCACUUCUGACACCAAAUGUCGCGGGUUCAGUUUCUUUAAGUUCUUUUUCGGUUGUGGAGGGAAAGAUGAUGGCACAGUCGAGAACCGAGUACGGUGAUUUCCUUUUAUUUACACCAUCUCCAAAAAAAUACCCACAGGUGAAAACUCUUAUGUACAAAAAAUAUUUACAAAAAUUAUUUACAAAAAAGACAGAGGAAAAACUAUUUACAAACCGCAAUUCAAAUACCAGGACCAACAUACGUCUGCUCAACCAGGAGGCACCCCAACAAGUGAGCUGAGCUCCUUUAAAUACCCCUUGGCCCCUCCUCCGGACAAACCAAUCAAAACAAUCUAGGGGUUUUUCAAGAUAUCAGCUAUUAUAUCAUAACUAAUAUUUCUACAUACACAAAAUAAUACAAAGCAAUUACUGUUGCUCACACCCUCCACAUGGCUGAGCCAAUAUUAAACCCAAACACAAUAUUUUUCCUAUAAAUCAAUUUGUUCCCGGACUUUGGUUUCUCCCUGGGUCACCUGACCCGCGGAGGCACGUCACCUAGUGCUACUUAACAGGUGACCCGGAACUGCCUCUGUUCAGUCCAUGAAGCGGAGACAAAAGGUGAGUGUGUAUGUGUGUGCGUGUACGUGUAAGCGAGACCCGUGUAGGUGUUUGAGUGUGCACCCUCUAACACCAACCACGGGGACGCAAGAGUCCAAUUAUUGUCUUUAAAUGUUCAUUUUGACUCCCGUCCGUCUGUCACUCCAGCCGCGAGUGACCACGCUAUUCCCCCACGUCGGCGCCGAGCGACGAGGGAGAGCGAGAGGGAGAGAAGGCGUCCAGCCGCGAGAGAGAGCGUGCGUCCAGCCGCGAGAGAGAGAGCGGCCAGCCGCGAGGGAGAGAGCGGCCAGCCGCGAUGAGGACGGCGUUAGUGGCGCCCCGCCACAAUGUAUAAUAAUAAUAAUAAUAAAUAAUGAAGGUUGAUGUAUAAUAAUAAUAAUAAUAAUAAUAAUAAUAAAUAAUAAUGAAGGUUGAUGUAUAAUAAUAAUAAUAAUAAUAAUAAUAAUAAUAAAUAAUGAAGGUUGAUGUAUAAUAAUAAUAAUAAAUAAUAAUAGUAAUAAAUAAUGACUGUUGAUGUAUAAUAAUAAUAAUAAUAAUAAUAAUAAUAAUAAUAAUAAUAAUAAUAAAUAAUAAUAAUAGUAAUGAAUAAUGACGGUUGAUGUAUAAUAAUAAUAAUAAUAAUAAAUAAUGACGGUUUAUUUGUCGUUAAUUUGCUGUUUUUAUCUGAAUCCUGUUCAUGAUUUUAGCUCCACCCAUAAACCCGUCAGCGUUCAGGUUAAUCUUGGUGUUUUUUGUCAUCCAGGUUUGUGUCAGACCACGCCCCUCCUGGUUACCAGGCGCUCCUGCAGCACAGACUCAUCCAAGCCAAUAAGAAGACACAGCUCAGCUCAGGCUCCGCCCCUGAGACUGCUCGGACCUAUCCUCUGUCACUGCUGGAGUGGACAGCCAAUAGGAAGAAGGCUAACAUGGUGCUGCAUGUGCACUGUUUUGAUGGUGAGAUUUCAUGAAGCAGUUUAAGUCGUUCAUUCGUUGACUGUUGACAAACAGGAAGAACCAGGGGCUCUAGUUUCGUUCCUCGCCGGUGACGUAGUUUUAAAAGUGCGUCCAAAGACCACUGAGUGAUGUGUCUCCAGACUUGGCACCAAAGAUGGUUUGUUAGAAAUCAAGGGGGCCCGGGGCCCCUCAUGCCCCCCUCUGAUGAACCUCCUGUCUGUGGAUUCACAGUUUCUUUACGUCAGUUUGAUGAUCUGUAAACGCUGCUGAACAGAAGAAGAACCGUUGGUGAACUUUCCUCCAUGUUUCUGUUGUUUUCAGGAGGAUCUUUUCUGUGUCCUGUUCAUUCUUGGGACAGCGGGGAGGACGUAGGCGGGGACGUCCUGCGUCACAGGUGCUCCUGUCUUCACUCUGUCCUAAAACAGUGUUUAUUCUGCGGCUCGUGUUUAAGGACGCUCACGGCUCUGUUUCUCCUGUUUCCAGAGGAGUGUCAGACUGGUGGAGAGGGAGUUCAGUUCUGAUGAAGGAGCAGGGUCAGUGGGUGGAGUUAGCGGGUCAUGACUAUGUGAUGGACUUGAUAGCCGACCUUGAGCUUCCCACCGACUUCCCAAAGCAGAAAAGUUACUUCAUCAUCAGCAGUGACGACCCCGCCAAAGUUCGCGCCAACGCCAGCCUGUCAGUGACGCAAACAUUCAUGAACUGACGGACACGUCUGUGAUUUCUGACCACAUUAACCCUCUCUCUCUCUCUCUCUCUCUCUCUCUCUCUCUCUCUCUCUCUCUCUCUCUCUCUCUCUCUCUCUCUCAGCGCUUUGUUUGGCGGCGGCUUUGACUCUGAUGAGGAGCGUCCUCUCAGCGGCAGACCGGCCUACAGUCUGCCGGACUCCGACGGUUACUUCAGUCACGGUACAGACACACAAAUGUCUUCUACACACUCUGUGACGUACUUCAUGAACUCAUCACCUUUAUUGUCGUCAUAGAAACAUCAUAACGAGAUUUAGGGGCUUCUCCAGAGGGAGAUAAAAACAAGAUCAAUAAAUAAUCGAUCAAUAUAUUAACAACUCAGUAAAAGACUGAGAAGAAGGUAGGAGUGUAGAACCAGGUGAAGUUCAACGACUGUGUUAAAGUGAUUUCUUAUCGUUCAGUGGAGUGAUGGCUGAUGGGAAAAAACUGACCCUGAGCCUGUUUGUGAUUUAUGGGAGCGGGUCAGGAGGUCCAACAGGUGAUUUCUGGGGGCGUGUCCUUGAUGAUGCUGGUCGCUCUGCUUCUGUGCCGUGUUAAUCACCCCUACAGCGCCCCCUGUCUGCUGCUGAGCGUACCAUGCUGUGAUGCAGAACGCCAGGAAGCUCGCCAUGGCGGCUCUGUAGAACAACUCCAGCAGCUUCUCCUCCUCCAGGUUCUUCACCUUCAGUCUCUGCUGGGCUUUCUUCACCACCGCUGUGAUGUUAGAAGUCCAGGAGAGGUUACCGGACAGCUCCCAGGAUUCUGAUGGAGCCGACCCGGUCCACACAGUCCCCAUGGAUGUAAAGAGGGGCUGGGUCAGCACCAGAUUAGAGAGCUAAGAGCUGCUGCAGCCGUGCACGCCCCCUUCUAACGCUCCCAGCCUCCUCCUCCUCCUGUCUGGCUCCUCUUUAGAAAGUUAGAAAGUGGUUCUGUUGGUUCUGUUAAGUUCUGUUAAGUUCUGUUGGUUCUGUUGGUAGUUUAUGUGACCUCUGUGCUCUGAGGUUCUCUGAGAAACUCACAAUGACACUGGUUCAGUGACAGCUGGAUCCUGCUGUGACAGCGCCCCCUGUGUUGAAGUGUGUGUAUAUAAAACACGUAUUAAUGUCCCUCAGGAUUAUUAUUAUUAUUAUUCUGACCCGUUUCUGUCGUUUAUUCUGACGUCAUCGUUAAAAAAACUCUCGUGUCUCUUUGUUCAGUUGAAUCUGAUGCGUUCAGCGACAGUCCGACUCAGAGGGGGAUGGAUCGGUACCUGGACAGCUUGUUUGACCCGGUUCUCUCAGACAGCAGUAUAGUGAGUACCACACACACACACACACACACACACACACACACACACACACGCUCAUUGUGUCUGUUAGUUUGGUUAGAAAUAAAAAGAUGAAAUAAGUCUCAGAGUUCAACAGAACGAACCGUCUGACUUUGGAAACUUUCAUACUUUGACUUUAGUUUGUGUUGAACUUUAGUUGACAGGAGAACAGGAGUCUGUAAACGUUCAUGUUUUAAAGUCUGAGUUUGAUGGAGGAGGAGGAGGAGGAGGAGGAGGAGGACGAGGAGGAGGAGGAGGACGAGGAGGAAGAGGAGGACAGAUGGAUACUUGGUUUGAUAUUUAUAAAACUGUCCCAUCAUGCUGUUCUACCUGAUCUUCCAUCUGAAUGUGGAUGAACCGCGGCGUUGGCAGACGGGUGGAACAUGUGACCCUUUGUCUCUGUUGGCGUAUGAAUGGAGCCGACAGCAGGCAUGAUCAGGUUACUCUGCUAACUACCGUAAUUACCAGCAGAGGCAGGACGAGCGCACGCAGAAAUACAGCGUUCUGUUCCAGUUUGAUCUCAGAUUUAAUGUGUUUAAAGAGUCAUCCUCUCCUCUGAUCGGGACGAGAACAGGGCGAGAACAGGAGGAGAACAGGAGGAGAACAGGAGGAGAACAGGAGGAGAACAGGACAAGAACAGGGCGAGAACGGGAGGAGAACAGGAGGAGAACAGGAGGAGAACAGGAGGAGAACAAGAGGAGAACAGGGCGAGAACAGGACGAGAACAGGACAAGAAAAGGAGGAGAACAGGAGGAGAAAAGGGCGAGAACAGGACAAGAACAGGGCGAGAACAGGACGAGAACAGGACGAGAACAGGACGAGAACAGGAGGAGAACAGGAGGAGAAAAGGGCGAGAACAGGACAAGAACAGGGCGAGAACAGGACAAGAACAGGACGAGAACAGGACGAGAACGGGAGGAGAACAGGACAAGAACGGGACGAGAACAGGAGGAGAACAGGAGGAGAACAGGAGGAGAACAGGAGGAGAAAAGGAGGAGAACAGGACGAGAACAGGACGAGAACAGGAGGAGAACAGGACAAGAACGGGACGAGAACAGGGCGAGAACAGGACAAGAACAGGACGAGAGCAGGAGGAGAACAAGAGGAGAACAGGGCGAGAACAGGAGGAGAACAGGACGAGAACAGGAGGAGAACAGGACAAGAACGGGACGAGAACAGGAGGAGAACAGGACAAGAACGGGACGAGAACAGGACGAGAACAGGACGAGAACAGGAGGAGAACAGGACAAGAACGGGACGAGAACAGGGCGAGAACAGGACGAGAACAGGACGAGAACAGGAGGAGAACAGGACGAGUACAGGACGAGAACAGGACGAAAACAGGAGGAGAACAGGACGAGAACAGGGCGAGAACAGGACGAGAACAGGACGAGAACAGGAGGAGAACAGGACGAGUACAGGACGAGAACAGGACGAGAACAGGAGGAGAACAGGAGGAGAACAGGGCGAGAACAGGACGAGAACAGGAGGAGAACAGGACAGGAACAGGAGGAGAACAGGACGAGAACAGGACAAGAACAGGAGGAGAACAGGAGGAGAACAGGGCGAGAACAGGACGAGAACAGGAGGAGAACAGGAGGAGAACAGGAGGAGAACAGGACGAGAACAGGACGAGAACAGGAGGAGAACAGGACGAGAACAGGAGGAGAACAGGAGGAGAACAGGACGAGAACAGGACGAGAACAGGACAAGAACAGGACGAGAACAGGAGGAGAACAGGAGGAGAACGGGAGGAGAACGGGACAAGAACGGGACGAGAACAGGGCGAGAACAGGACGAGAACAGGACGAGAACAGGAGGAGAACAGGACGAGUACAGGACGAGAACAGGACGAGAACAGGAGGAGAACAGGACGAGAACAGGGCGAGAACAGGGUGAGAACAGGACAAGAACAGGAGGAGAACAGGACAAGAACAGGACGAGAACAGUAGGAGAACAGGACGAGAACAGGAGGAGAACAGGACAAGAACAGGACGAGAACAGGGUGAGAACAGGACGAGAACAGGACGAGAACAGGACAAGAACAGGAGGAGAACAGGAGGAGAACAGGGCGAGAACAGGACGAGAACAGGAGGAGAACUGGAGGAGAACAGGACGAGAACAGGAGGAGAACAGGACGAGAACAGGAGGAGAACAGGAGGAGAACAGGAGGAGAACAGGACGAGAACAGGACAAGAACAGGACGAGAACAGGAGGAGAACAGGAGGAGAACAAGAGGAGAACAGGGCGAGAACAGGACAAGAACAGGAGGAGAACAGGAGGAGAAAAGGGCGAGAACAGGACAAGAACAGGGCGAGAACAGGACGAGAACAGGACGAGAACAGGACGAGAACAGGAGGAGAACAGGAGGAGAAAAGGGCGAGAACAGGACAAGAACAGGGCGAGAACAGGACGAGAACAGGACAAGAACGGGACGAGAACGGGAGGAGAACAGGACAAGAACGGGACGAGAACAGGAGGAGAACAGGAGGAGAACAGGACAAGAACAGGACGAGAAAAGGAGGAGAACAGGACAAGAACAGGGCGAGAACAGGAGGAGAACAGAACAAGAACGGGACGAGAACAGGGCGAGAACAGGACAAGAACAGGACGAGAGCAGGAGGAGAACAAGAGGAGAACAGGGCGAGAACAGGAGGAGAACAGGACGAGAACAGGAGGAGAACAGGACAAGAACGGGACGAGAACAGGAGGAGAACAGGACAAGAACGGGACGAGAACAGGACGAGAACAGGACGAGAACAGGAGGAGAACAGGACAAGAACGGGACGAGAACAGGGCGAGAACAGGACGAGAACAGGACGAGAACAGGAGGAGAACAGGACGAGUACAGGACGAGAACAGGACGAGAACAGGAGGAGAACAGGACGAGAACAGGGCGAGAACAGGACGAGAACAGGACGAGAACAGGAGGAGAACAGGACGAGUACAGGACGAGAACAGGACGAGAACAGGAGGAGAACAGGACGAGAACAGGGCGAGAACAGGACGAGAACAGGAGGAGAACAGGACAGGAACAGGAGGAGAACAGGACAAGAACAGGAAAAGAACAGGACGAGAACAGGGCGAGAACAGGACAAGAACAGGACGAGAGCAGGAGGAGAACAAGAGGAGAACAGGGCGAGAACAGGACGAGAACAGGACGAGAACAGGAGGAGAACAGGACGAGAAAAGGAGGAGAACAGGACGAGAACAGGGUGAGAACAGGACAAGAACAGGGUGAGAACAGGACAAGAACAGGAGGAGAACAGGACAAGAACAGGACGAGAACAGGAGGAGAACAGGACGAGAACAGGGUGAGAACAGGACAAGAACAGGAGGAGAACAGGACAAGAACAGGACGAGAACAGGAGGAGAACAGGACGAGAACAGGAGGAGAACAGGACGAGAACAGGGUGAGAACAGGACAAGAACAGGAGGAGAACAGGACAAGAACAGGAGGAGAACAGGACGAGAACAGUAGGAGAACAGGACGAGAACAGGAGGAGAACAGGACAAGAACAGGACGAGAACAGGAGGAGAACAGGACAAGAACAGGACGAGAACAGGAGGAGAACAGGACGAGAACAGGAGGAGAACAGGACGAGAACAGGGUGAGAACAGGACAAGAACAGGAGGAGAACAGGACAAGAACAGGAGGAGAACAGGACGAGAACAGUAGGAGAACAGGACGAGAACAGGAGGAGAACAGGACAAGAACAGGACGAGAACAGGGUGAGAACAGGACGAGAACAGGACGAGAACAGGACAAGAACAGGAGGAGAACAGGAGGAGAACAGGGCGAGAACAGGACGAGAACAGGAGGAGAACAGGAGGAGAACAGGACGAGAACAGGACGAGAACAGGAGGAGAACAGGACGAGAACAGGAGGAGAACAGGAGGAGAACAGGAGGAGAACAGGACGAGAACAGGACAAGAACAGGACGAGAACAGGAGGAGAACAGGAGGAGAACAGGAGGAGAACAGGACAAGAACGGGACGAGAACAGGGCGAGAACAGGACGAGAACAGGACGAGAACAGGAGGAGAACAGGACGAGUACAGGACGAGAACAGGACGAGAACAGGAGGAGAACAGGACGAGAACAGGGCGAGAACAGGACGAGAACAGGAGGAGAACAGGACGAGUACAGGACGAGAACAGGACGAGAACAGGAGGAGAACAGGACGAGAACAGGGCGAGAACAGGACGAGAACAGGACGAGAACAGGAGGAGAACAGGACAGGAACAGGAGGAGAACAGGACAAGAACAGGACGAGAACAGGACGAGAACAGGGCGAGAACAGGACAAGAACAGGACGAGAGCAGGAGGAGAACAAGAGGAGAACAGGGCGAGAACAGGACGAGAACAGGACGAGAACAGGAGGAGAACAGGACAGGAACAGGAGGAGAACAGGACAAGAACAGGACGAGAACAGGACGAGAACAGGGCGAGAACAGGACAAGAACAGGACGAGAGCAGGAGGAGAACAAGAGGAGAACAGGGCGAGAACAGGACGAGAACAGGACGAGAACAGGAGGAGAACAGGAUGAGAACAGGAGGAGAACAGGACGAGAACAGGGUGAGAACAGGACAAGAACAGGGUGAGAACAGGACAAGAACAGGAGGAGAACAGGACAAGAACAGGACGAGAACAGGAGGAGAACAGGACGAGAACAGGGUGAGAACAGGACAAGAACAGGAGGAGAACAGGACAAGAACAGGACGAGAACAGGAGGAGAACAGGACGAGAACAGGAGGAGAACAGGACGAGAACAGGAGGAGAACAGGACAAGAACGGGACGAGAACAGGGCGAGAACAGGACGAGAACAGGACGAGAACAGGAGGAGAACAGGACGAGUACAGGACGAGAACAGGACGAGAACAGGAGGAGAACAGGACGAGAACAGGGCGAGAACAGGACGAGAACAGGACGAGAACAGGAGGAGAACAGGACGAGUACAGGACGAGAACAGGACGAGAACAGGAGGAGAACAGGACGAGAACAGGGCGAGAACAGGACGAGAACAGGAGGAGAACAGGACAGGAACAGGAGGAGAACAGGACAAGAACAGGAAAAGAACAGGACGAGAACAGGGCGAGAACAGGACAAGAACAGGACGAGAGCAGGAGGAGAACAAGAGGAGAACAGGGCGAGAACAGGACGAGAACAGGACGAGAACAGGAGGAGAACAGGACGAGAACAGGGUGAGAACAGGACAAGAACAGGGUGAGAACAGGACAAGAACAGGAGGAGAACAGGACAAGAACAGGACGAGAACAGGAGGAGAACAGGACGAGAACAGGGUGAGAACAGGACAAGAACAGGAGGAGAACAGGACAAGAACAGGACGAGAACAGGAGGAGAACAGGACGAGAACAGGAGGAGAACAGGACGAGAACAGGGUGAGAACAGGACAAGAACAGGAGGAGAACAGGACAAGAACAGGAGGAGAACAGGACGAGAACAGUAGGAGAACAGGACGAGAACAGGAGGAGAACAGGACAAGAACAGGACGAGAACAGGGUGAGAACAGGACGAGAACAGGACGAGAACAGGACAAGAACAGGAGGAGAACAGGAGGAGAACAGGGCGAGAACAGGACGAGAACAGGAGGAGAACAGGAGGAGAACAGGAGGAGAACAGGACGAGAACAGAACGAGAACAGGAGGAGAACAGGACGAGAACAGGAGGAGAACAGGAGGAGAACAGGACGAGAACAGGACGAGAACAGGACGAGAACAGGAGGAGAACAGGAGGAGAACGGGAGGAGAACGGGACAAGAACGGGACGAGAACAGGGCGAGAACAGGACGAGAACAGGACGAGAACAGGAGGAGAACAGGACGAGUACAGGACGAGAACAGGACGAGAACAGGAGGAGAACAGGACGAGAACAGGGCGAGAACAGGACGAGAACAGGACGAGAACAGGAGUAGAACAGGACGAGUACAGGACGAGAACAGGACGAGAACAGGAGGAGAACAGGACGAGAACAGGGCGAGAACAGGACGAGAACAGGACGAGAACAGGAGGAGAACAGGACAGGAACAGGAGGAGAACAGGACAAGAACAGGACGAGAACAGGACGAGAACAGGGCGAGAACAGGACAAGAACAGGACGAGAGCAGGAGGAGAACAAGAGGAGAAAAGGGCGAGAACAGGACGAGAACAGGACGAGAACAGGAGGAGAACAAGAUGAGAACAGGAGGAGAACAGGACGAGAACAGGGUGAGAACAGGACAAGAACAGGGUGAGAACAGGACAAGAACAGGAUGAGAACAGGACAAGAACAGGACGAGAACAGGAGGAGAACAGGACGAGAACAGGGUGAGAACAGGACAAGAACAGGAGGAGAACAGGACAAGAACAGGACGAGAACAGGAGGAGAACAGGACGAGAACAGGAGGAGAACAGGACGAGAACAGGGUGAGAACAGGACAAGAACAGGAGGAGAACAGGACAAGAACAGGAGGAGAACAGGACGAGAACAGGACGAGAACAGGACGAGAACAGGAGGAGAACAGGACAAGAACAGGACGAGAACAGGGUGAGAACAGGACGAGAACAGGACGAGAACAGGACAAGAACAGGAGGAGAACAGGAGGAGAACAGGGCGAGAACAGGACGAGAACAGGAGGAGAACAGGAGGAGAACAGGACGAGAACAGGACGAGAACAGGAGGAGAACAGGACGAGAACAGGAGGAGAACAGGAGGAGAACAGGGCGAGAACAGGAGGAGAACAGGACGAGAACAGGACGAGAACAGGAGGAGAACAGGACGAGAACAGGAGGAGAACAGGGCGAGAACAGGACGAGAACAGGAGGAGAACAGGACAGGAACAGGAGGAGAACAGGACGAGAACAGGACAAGAACAGGAGGAGAACAGGAGGAGAACAGGGCGAGAACAGGACGAGAACAGGAGGAGAACAGGAGGAGAACAGGAGGAGAACAGGACGAGAACAGGACGAGAACAGGACGAGAACAGGAGGAGAACAGGACGAGAACAGGAGGAGAACAGGAGGAGAACAGGACGAGAACAGGACGAGAACAGGACAAGAACAGGACGAGAACAGGAGGAGAACAGGAGGAGAACGGGAGGAGAACGGGACAAGAACGGGACGAGAACAGGGCGAGAACAGGACGAGAACAGGACGAGAACAGGAGGAGAACAGGACGAGUACAGGACGAGAACAGGACGAGAACAGGAGGAGAACAGGACGAGAACAGGGCGAGAACAGGGUGAGAACAGGACAAGAACAGGAGGAGAACAGGACAAGAACAGGACGAGAACAGUAGGAGAACAGGACGAGAACAGGAGGAGAACAGGACAAGAACAGGACGAGAACAGGGUGAGAACAGGACGAGAACAGGACGAGAACAGGACAAGAACAGGAGGAGAACAGGAGGAGAACAGGGCGAGAACAGGACGAGAACAGGAGGAGAACUGGAGGAGAACAGGACGAGAACAGGAGGAGAACAGGACGAGAACAGGAGGAGAACAGGAGGAGAACAGGAGGAGAACAGGACGAGAACAGGACAAGAACAGGACGAGAACAGGAGGAGAACAGGAGGAGAACAAGAGGAGAACAGGGCGAGAACAGGACAAGAACAGGAGGAGAACAGGAGGAGAAAAGGGCGAGAACAGGACAAGAACAGGGCGAGAACAGGACGAGAACAGGACGAGAACAGGACGAGAACAGGAGGAGAACAGGAGGAGAAAAGGGCGAGAACAGGACAAGAACAGGGCGAGAACAGGACGAGAACAGGACAAGAACGGGACGAGAACGGGAGGAGAACAGGACAAGAACGGGACGAGAACAGGAGGAGAACAGGAGGAGAACAGGACAAGAACAGGACGAGAAAAGGAGGAGAACAGGACAAGAACAGGGCGAGAACAGGAGGAGAACAGAACAAGAACGGGACGAGAACAGGGCGAGAACAGGACAAGAACAGGACGAGAGCAGGAGGAGAACAAGAGGAGAACAGGGCGAGAACAGGAGGAGAACAGGACGAGAACAGGAGGAGAACAGGACAAGAACGGGACGAGAACAGGAGGAGAACAGGACAAGAACGGGACGAGAACAGGACGAGAACAGGACGAGAACAGGAGGAGAACAGGACAAGAACGGGACGAGAACAGGGCGAGAACAGGACGAGAACAGGACGAGAACAGGAGGAGAACAGGACGAGUACAGGACGAGAACAGGACGAGAACAGGAGGAGAACAGGACGAGAACAGGGCGAGAACAGGACGAGAACAGGACGAGAACAGGAGGAGAACAGGACGAGUACAGGACGAGAACAGGACGAGAACAGGAGGAGAACAGGACGAGAACAGGGCGAGAACAGGACGAGAACAGGAGGAGAACAGGACAGGAACAGGAGGAGAACAGGACAAGAACAGGAAAAGAACAGGACGAGAACAGGGCGAGAACAGGACAAGAACAGGACGAGAGCAGGAGGAGAACAAGAGGAGAACAGGGCGAGAACAGGACGAGAACAGGACGAGAACAGGAGGAGAACAGGACGAGAAAAGGAGGAGAACAGGACGAGAACAGGGUGAGAACAGGACAAGAACAGGGUGAGAACAGGACAAGAACAGGAGGAGAACAGGACAAGAACAGGACGAGAACAGGAGGAGAACAGGACGAGAACAGGGUGAGAACAGGACAAGAACAGGAGGAGAACAGGACAAGAACAGGACGAGAACAGGAGGAGAACAGGACGAGAACAGGAGGAGAACAGGACGAGAACAGGGUGAGAACAGGACAAGAACAGGAGGAGAACAGGACAAGAACAGGAGGAGAACAGGACGAGAACAGUAGGAGAACAGGACGAGAACAGGAGGAGAACAGGACAAGAACAGGACGAGAACAGGAGGAGAACAGGACAAGAACAGGACGAGAACAGGAGGAGAACAGGACGAGAACAGGAGGAGAACAGGACGAGAACAGGGUGAGAACAGGACAAGAACAGGAGGAGAACAGGACAAGAACAGGAGGAGAACAGGACGAGAACAGUAGGAGAACAGGACGAGAACAGGAGGAGAACAGGACAAGAACAGGACGAGAACAGGGUGAGAACAGGACGAGAACAGGACGAGAACAGGACAAGAACAGGAGGAGAACAGGAGGAGAACAGGGCGAGAACAGGACGAGAACAGGAGGAGAACAGGAGGAGAACAGGACGAGAACAGGACGAGAACAGGAGGAGAACAGGACGAGAACAGGAGGAGAACAGGAGGAGAACAGGAGGAGAACAGGACGAGAACAGGACAAGAACAGGACGAGAACAGGAGGAGAACAGGAGGAGAACAGGAGGAGAACAGGACAAGAACGGGACGAGAACAGGGCGAGAACAGGACGAGAACAGGACGAGAACAGGAGGAGAACAGGACGAGUACAGGACGAGAACAGGACGAGAACAGGAGGAGAACAGGACGAGAACAGGGCGAGAACAGGACGAGAACAGGAGGAGAACAGGACGAGUACAGGACGAGAACAGGACGAGAACAGGAGGAGAACAGGACGAGAACAGGGCGAGAACAGGACGAGAACAGGACGAGAACAGGAGGAGAACAGGACAGGAACAGGAGGAGAACAGGACAAGAACAGGACGAGAACAGGACGAGAACAGGGCGAGAACAGGACAAGAACAGGACGAGAGCAGGAGGAGAACAAGAGGAGAACAGGGCGAGAACAGGACGAGAACAGGACGAGAACAGGAGGAGAACAGGACAGGAACAGGAGGAGAACAGGACAAGAACAGGACGAGAACAGGACGAGAACAGGGCGAGAACAGGACAAGAACAGGACGAGAGCAGGAGGAGAACAAGAGGAGAACAGGGCGAGAACAGGACGAGAACAGGACGAGAACAGGAGGAGAACAGGAUGAGAACAGGAGGAGAACAGGACGAGAACAGGGUGAGAACAGGACAAGAACAGGGUGAGAACAGGACAAGAACAGGAGGAGAACAGGACAAGAACAGGACGAGAACAGGAGGAGAACAGGACGAGAACAGGGUGAGAACAGGACAAGAACAGGAGGAGAACAGGACAAGAACAGGACAAGAACAGGAGGAGAACAGGACGAGAACAGGAGGAGAACAGGACGAGAACAGGAGGAGAACAGGACAAGAACGGGACGAGAACAGGGCGAGAACAGGAUGAGAACAGGACGAGAACAGGAGGAGAACAGGACGAGUACAGGACGAGAACAGGACGAGAACAGGAGGAGAACAGGACGAGAACAGGGCGAGAACAGGACGAGAACAGGACGAGAACAGGAGGAGAACAGGACGAGUACAGGACGAGAACAGGACGAGAACAGGAGGAGAACAGGACGAGAACAGGGCGAGAACAGGACGAGAACAGGAGGAGAACAGGACAGGAACAGGAGGAGAACAGGACAAGAACAGGAAAAGAACAGGACGAGAACAGGGCGAGAACAGGACAAGAACAGGACGAGAGCAGGAGGAGAACAAGAGGAGAACAGGGCGAGAACAGGACGAGAACAGGACGAGAACAGGAGGAGAACAGGACGAGAACAGGGUGAGAACAGGACAAGAACAGGGUGAGAACAGGACAAGAACAGGAGGAGAACAGGACAAGAACAGGACGAGAACAGGAGGAGAACAGGACGAGAACAGGGUGAGAACAGGACAAGAACAGGAGGAGAACAGGACAAGAACAGGACGAGAACAGGAGGAGAACAGGACGAGAACAGGAGGAGAACAGGACGAGAACAGGGUGAGAACAGGACAAGAACAGGAGGAGAACAGGACAAGAACAGGAGGAGAACAGGACGAGAACAGUAGGAGAACAGGACGAGAACAGGAGGAGAACAGGACAAGAACAGGACGAGAACAGGGUGAGAACAGGACGAGAACAGGACGAGAACAGGACAAGAACAGGAGGAGAACAGGAGGAGAACAGGGCGAGAACAGGACGAGAACAGGAGGAGAACAGGAGGAGAACAGGAGGAGAACAGGACGAGAACAGAACGAGAACAGGAGGAGAACAGGACGAGAACAGGAGGAGAACAGGAGGAGAACAGGACGAGAACAGGACGAGAACAGGACAAGAACAGGACGAGAACAGGAGGAGAACAGGAGGAGAACGGGAGGAGAACGGGACAAGAACGGGACGAGAACAGGGCGAGAACAGGACGAGAACAGGACGAGAACAGGAGGAGAACAGGACGAGUACAGGACGAGAACAGGACGAGAACAGGAGGAGAACAGGACGAGAACAGGGCGAGAACAGGACGAGAACAGGACGAGAACAGGAGUAGAACAGGACGAGUACAGGACGAGAACAGGACGAGAACAGGAGGAGAACAGGACGAGAACAGGGCGAGAACAGGACGAGAACAGGACGAGAACAGGAGGAGAACAGGACAGGAACAGGAGGAGAACAGGACAAGAACAGGACGAGAACAGGACGAGAACAGGGCGAGAACAGGACAAGAACAGGACGAGAGCAGGAGGAGAACAAGAGGAGAAAAGGGCGAGAACAGGACGAGAACAGGACGAGAACAGGAGGAGAACAAGAUGAGAACAGGAGGAGAACAGGACGAGAACAGGGUGAGAACAGGACAAGAACAGGGUGAGAACAGGACAAGAACAGGAUGAGAACAGGACAAGAACAGGACGAGAACAGGAGGAGAACAGGACGAGAACAGGGUGAGAACAGGACAAGAACAGGAGGAGAACAGGACAAGAACAGGACGAGAACAGGAGGAGAACAGGACGAGAACAGGAGGAGAACAGGACGAGAACAGGGUGAGAACAGGACAAGAACAGGAGGAGAACAGGACAAGAACAGGAGGAGAACAGGACGAGAACAGGACGAGAACAGGACGAGAACAGGAGGAGAACAGGACAAGAACAGGACGAGAACAGGGUGAGAACAGGACGAGAACAGGACGAGAACAGGACAAGAACAGGAGGAGAACAGGAGGAGAACAGGGCGAGAACAGGACGAGAACAGGAGGAGAACAGGAGGAGAACAGGACGAGAACAGGACGAGAACAGGAGGAGAACAGGACGAGAACAGGAGGAGAACAGGAGGAGAACAGGGCGAGAACAGGAGGAGAACAGGAGGAGAACAGGACGAGAACAGGACGAGAACAGGAGGAGAACAGGACGAGAACAGGAGGAGAACAGGAGGAGAACAGGAGGAGAACAGGACGAGAACAGGAGGAGAACAGGACGAGAACAGGAGGAGAACAGGAGGAGAACAGGGCGAGAACAGGACGAGAACAGGAGGAGAACAGGAGGAGAACAGGACGAGAACAGGACGAGAACAGGAGGAGAACAGGACGAGAACAGGAGGAGAACAGGAGGAGAACAGGAGGAGAACAGGACGAGAACAGGAGGAGAACAGGACGAGAACAGGAGGAGAACAGGAGGAGAACAGGGCGAGAACAGGACGAGAACAGGAGGAGAACAGGAGGAGAACAGGACGAGAACAGGACGAGAACAGGAGGAGAACAGGACGAGAACAGGAGGAGAACAGGACGAGAACAGGACGAGAACAGGACGAGAACAGGACGAGAACAGGACAAGAACAGGACGAGAACAGGAGGAGAACAGGAGGAGAACGGGACGAGAACGGGACGAGAACAGGGCGAGAACAGGACGAGAACAGGACGAGAGCAGGAGGAGAACAAGAGGAGAACAGGGCGAGAACAGGACGAGAACAGGACGAGAACAGGAGGAGAACAGGACGAGAACAGGAGGAGAACAGGAGGAGAACAGGACGAGAACAGGAGGAGAACAGGACGAGAACAGGACGAGAACAGGAGGAGAACAGGACGAGAACAGGACGAGAACAGGGGGAGAACAGGACAAGAACAGGAGGAGAACAGGAGGAGAACAGGACGAGAACAGGAGGAGAACAGGACGAGAACAGGAGGAGAACAGGACGAGAACAGGGUGAGAACAGGACAAGAACAGGAGGAGAACAGGACAAGAACAGGAGGAGAACAGGACGAGAACAGGAGGAGAACAGGACGAGAACAGGACGAGAACAGGAGGAGAACAGGAGGAGAACAGGAGGAGAACAGGAGGAGAACAGGACAAGAACAGGAGGAGAACAGGAGGAGAACAGGAGGAGAACAGGACGAGAACAGGACGAGAACAGGAGGAGAACAGGACAAGAACGGGACGAGAACAGGGCGAGAACAGGACGAGAACAGGACGAGAACAGGAGGAGAAAGGGACGAGUACAGGACGAGAACAGGACGAGAACAGGAGGAGAACAGGACGAGAACAGGGCGAGAACAGGACGAGAACAGGACGAGAACAGGAGGAGAACAGGACGAGUACAGGACGAGAACAGGACGAGAACAGGAGGAGAACAGGACGAGAACAGGGCGAGAACAGGACGAGAACAGGACGAGAACAGGAGGAGAACAGGACAGGAACAGGAGGAGAACAGGACAAGAACAGGACAAGAACAGGACGAGAACAGGGCGAGAACAGGACAAGAACAGGACGAGAGCAGGAGGAGAACAAGAGGAGAACAGGGCGAGAACAGGACGAGAACAGGACGAGAACAGGAGGAGAACAGGACGAGAACAGGAGGGGAACAGGACGAGAACAGGGUGAGAACAGGACAAGAACAGGGUGAGAACAGGACAAGAACAGGAGGAGAACAGGACAAGAACAGGACGAGAACAGGAGGAGAACAGGACGAGAACAGGGUGAGAACAGGACAAGAACAGGAGGAGAACAGGACAAGAACAGGACGAGAACAGGAGGAGAACAGGACGAGAACAGGAGGAGAACAGGACGAGAACAGGGUGAGAACAGGAGGAGAACAGGAGGAGAACAGGACGAGAACAGGACGAGAACAGGAGGAGAACAGGACGAGAACAGGAGGAGAACAGGAGGAGAACAGGACGAGAACAGGACGAGAACAGGAUGAGAACAGGAGGAGAACAAGAGGAGAACAGGGCGAGAACAGGACGAGAACAGGACGAGAACAGGAGGAGAACAGGACGAGAACAGGAGGAGAACAGGACGAGAACAGGGUGAGAACAGGACAAGAACAGGGUGAGAACAGGACAAGAACAGGAGGAGAACAGGACGAGAACAGGAGGAGAACAGGACAAGAACAGGACGAGAACAGGGUGAGAACAGGACGAGAACAGGGUGAGAACAGGACAAGAACAGGAGGAGAACAGGACAAGAACAGGACGAGAACAGGAGGAGAACAGGACGAGAACAGGAGGAGAACAGGACGAGAACAGGGCGAGAACAGGACGAGAACAGGACGAGAACAGGAGGAGAACAGGACGAGAACAGGAGGAGAACAGGACGAGAACAGGAGGAGAACAGGAGGAGAACAGGAGGAGAACAGGACGAGAACAGGAGGAGAACAGGAGGAGAACAGGACGAGAACAGGACGAGAACAGGAGGAGAACAGGAGGAGAACAGGACAAGAACAGGGCGAGAACAGGACGAGAACAGGAGGAGAACAGGAGGAGAACAGGAGGAGAACAGGACGAGAACAGGAGGAGAACAGGACGAGAACAGGAGGAGAACAGGAGGAGAACAGGGCGAGAACAGGACGAGAACAGGAGGAGAACAGGAGGAGAACAGGACGAGAACAGGACGAGAACAGGAGGAGAACAGGACGAGAACAGGAGGAGAACAGGACGAGAACAGGACGAGAACAGGACGAGAACAGGACGAGAACAGGAGGAGAACAGGAGGAGAACAGGAGGAGAACGGGACGAGAACGGGACGAGAACAGGGCGAGAACAGGACGAGAACAGGACGAGAGCAGGAGGAGAACAAGAGGAGAACAGGGCGAGAACAGGACGAGAACAGGACGAGAACAGGAGGAGAACAGGACGAGAACAGGAGGAGAACAGGAGGAGAACAGGACGAGAACAGGAGGAGAACAGGACGAGAACAGGACGAGAACAGGAGGAGAACAGGACGAGAACAGGACGAGAACAGGGUGAGAACAGGACAAGAACAGGAGGAGAACAGGAGGAGAACAGGACGAGAACAGGAGGAGAACAGGACGAGAACAGGAGGAGAACAGGACGAGAACAGGGUGAGAACAGGACAAGAACAGGAGGAGAACAGGACAAGAACAGGAGGAGAACAGGACGAGAACAGGAGGAGAACAGGACGAGAACAGGACGAGAACAGGAGGAGAACAGGAGGAGAACAGGAGGAGAACAGGACGAGAACAGGACAAGAACAGGAGGAGAACAGGAGGAGAACAGGAGGAGAACAGGACGAGAACAGGACGAGAACAGGAGGAGAACAGGACAAGAACGGGACGAGAACAGGGCGAGAACAGGACGAGAACAGGACGAGAACAGGAGGAGAAAGGGACGAGUACAGGACGAGAACAGGACGAGAACAGGGUGAGAACAGGAGGAGAACAGGAGGAGAACAGGACGAGAACAGGACGAGAACAGGAGGAGAACAGGACGAGAACAGGACGAGAACAGGACGAGAACAGGAGAAGAACAGGGCGAGAACAGGAGGAGAACAGGAGGAGAACAGGACGAGAACAGGAGGAGAACAGGAGGAGAACAGGACGAGAACAGGACGAGAACAGGAGGAGAACAGGACGAGAACAGGACGAGAACAGGACGAGAACAGGAGAAGAACAGGGCGAGAACAGGAGGAGAACAGGAGGAGAACAGGACGAGAACAGGAGGAGAACAGGACGAGAACAGGGCGAGAACAGGACAAGAACAGGAGGAGAACAGGGCGAGAACAGGACGAGAACAGGACAAGAACAGGACGAGAACAGGAGGAGAACAGGACGAGAACAGGGUGAGAACAGGACGAGAACAGGAGGAGAACAGGAGGAGAACAGGAGGAGAACAGGACGAGAACAGGAGGAGAAAAGGGCGAGAACAGGACAAGAACAGGGCGAGAACAGGACGAGAACAGGACGAGAACAGGAGGAGAAAAGGGCGAGAACAGGACAAGAACAGGGCGAGAACAGGACAAGAACAGGACAAGAACAGGACGAGAACAGGACGAGAACGGGAGGAGAACAGGACAAGAACAGGAGGAGAACAGGAGGAGAACAGGAGGAGAACGGGACGAGAACAGGGUGAGAACAGGACGAGAACAGGACGAGAACAGGAGGAGAACAGGACAAGAACAGGACGAGAACAGGACGAGAACAGGAGGAGAACAGGACGAGAACAGGGCGAGAACAGGACGAGAACAGGACGAGAACAGGAGGAGAACAGGACGAGUACAGGACGAGAACAGGACGAGAACAGGAGGAGAACAGGACGAGAACAGGGCGAGAACAGGACGAGAACAGGACGAGAACAGGAGGAGAACAGGACAGGAACAGGAGGAGAACAGGACAAGAACAGGACGAGAACAGGACGAGAACAGGGCGAGAACAGGACAAGAACAGGACGAGAGCAGGAGGAGAACAAGAGGAGAACAGGGCGAGAACAGGACGAGAACAGGACGAGAACAGGAGGAGAACAAGAUGAGAACAGGAGGAGAACAGGACGAGAACAGGGUGAGAACAGGACAAGAACAGGGUGAGAACAGGACAAGAACAGGAGGAGAACAGGACAAGAACAGGACGAGAACAGGAGGAGAACAGGACGAGAACAGGGUGAGAACAGGACAAGAACAGGAGGAGAACAGGACAAGAACAGGACGAGAACAGGAGGAGAACAGGACGAGAACAGGAGGAGAACAGGACGAGAACAGGGUGAGAACAGGACAAGAACAGGAGGAGAACAGGACAAGAACAGGAGGAGAACAGGACGAGAACAGGAGGAGAACAGGACGAGAACAGGAGGAGAACAGGACAAGAACAGGACGAGAACAGGGUGAGAACAGGACGAGAACAGGACGAGAACAGGACAAGAACAGGAGGAGAACAGGAGGAGAACAGGGCGAGAACAGGACGAGAACAGGAGGAGAACAGGAGGAGAACAGGAGGAGAACAGGACGAGAACAGGACAAGCACAGGAGGAGAACAGGAGGAGAACAGGACGAGAAAGGACAGGAGAGAACAGGAGAGAACAGGAGAGAACAGGACGAGAACAGGAGAACAGGAGAGACGAGGAGAACAGAACGAGAACAGGAGAGGAACAGGAGAGAACAGGAGAAGCAGGAGGAGAACAGGAGGAGAACAGGAGAGAACAGGGCAGACGAGAACAGGAGAGAACAGGACGAGAACAGGAGGAGAACAGGAGGAGAACAGGAGGAGAACAGGACGAGAACAGGACGAGAACAGGACGAGAACAGGAGGAGAACAGGAGGAGAACAGGGCGAGAACAGGACGAGAACAGGAGGAGAACAGGAGGAGAACAGGACGAGAACAGGACGAGAACAGGAGGAGAACAGGACGAGAACAGGAGGAGAACAGGACGAGAACAGGACGAGAACAGGACAAGAACAGGACGAGAACAGGACGAGAACAGGAGGAGAACAGGACGAGAACAGGACGAGAACAGGACAAGAACAGGACGAGAACAGGAGGAGAACAGGAGGAGAACAGGAGGAGAACGGGACGAGAACGGGACGAGAACAGGGCGAGAACAGGACGAGAACAGGACGAGAGCAGGAGGAGAACAAGAGGAGAACAGGGCGAGAACAGGACGAGAACAGGACGAGAACAGGAGGAGAACAGGACGAGAACAGGAGGAGAACAGGAGGAGAACAGGAGGAGAACAGGACGAGAACAGGACGAGAACAGGAGGAGAACAGGACGAGAACAGGACGAGAACAGGGUGAGAACAGGACAAGAACAGGAGGAGAACAGGAGGAGAACAGGACGAGAACAGGAGGAGAACAGGACGAGAACAGGAGGAGAACAGGACGAGAACAGGGUGAGAACAGGACAAGAACAGGAGGAGAACAGGACAAGAACAGGAGGAGAACAGGACGAGAACAGGAGGAGAACAGGACGAGAACAGGAGGAGAACAGGACAAGAACAGGACGAGAACAGGGUGAGAACAGGACGAGAACAGGACGAGAACAGGACAGAACAGGAGGAGAACAGGAGGAGAACAGGGCGAGAACAGGACGAGAACAGGACGAGAACAGGGCGAGAACAGGAGGAGAACAGGAGGAGAACAGGACAAGAACAGGAGGAGAACAGGAGGAGAACAGGACGAGAACAGGACGAGAACAGGACAAGAACGGGACGAGAACAGGGCGAGAACAGGACGAGAACAGGACGAGAACAGGAGGAGAAAGGGACGAGUACAGGACGAGAACAGGACGAGAACAGGAGGAGAACAGGACGAGAACAGGGCGAGAACAGGACGAGAACAGGACGAGAACAGGAGGAGAACAGGACGAGUACAGGACGAGAACAGGACGAGAACAGGAGGAGAACAGGACGAGAACAGGGCGAGAACAGGACGAGAACAGGACGAGAACAGGAGGAGAACAGGACAGGAACAGGAGGAGAACAGGACAAGAACAGGACAAGAACAGGACGAGAACAGGGCGAGAACAGGACAAGAACAGGACGAGAGCAGGAGGAGAACAAGAGGAGAACAGGGCGAGAACAGGACGAGAACAGGACGAGAACAGGAGGAGAACAGGACGAGAACAGGAGGGGAACAGGACGAGAACAGGGUGAGAACAGGACAAGAACAGGGUGAGAACAGGACAAGAACAGGAGGAGAACAGGACAAGAACAGGACGAGAACAGGAGGAGAACAGGACGAGAACAGGGUGAGAACAGGACAAGAACAGGAGGAGAACAGGACAAGAACAGGACGAGAACAGGAGGAGAACAGGACGAGAACAGGAGGAGACCAGGACGAGAACAGGGUGAGAACAGGAGGAGAACAGGAGGAGAACAGGACGAGAACAGGACGAGAACAGGAGGAGAACAGGACGAGAACAGGAGGAGAACAGGAGGAGAACAGGACGAGAACAGGACGAGAACAGGACGAGAACAGGAGGAGAACAAGAGGAGAACAGGGCGAGAACAGGACAAGAACAGGACGAGAACAGGAGGAGAACAGGACGAGAACAGGAGGAGAACAGGACGAGAACAGGGUGAGAACAGGACAAGAACAGGGUGAGAACAGGACAAGAACAGGAGGAGAACAGGACGAGAACAGGAGGAGAACAGGACAAGAACAGGACGAGAACAGGGUGAGAACAGGACGAGAACAGGACGAGAACAGGACAAGAACAGGAGGAGAACAGGAGGAGAACAGGGCGAGAACAGGACGAGAACAGGAGGAGAACAGGAGGAGAACAGGAGGAGAACAGGACGAGAACAGGACGAGAACAGGAGGAGAACAGGACGAGAACAGGAGGAGAACAGGAGGAGAACAGGACGAGAACAGGACGAGAACAGGACGAGAACAGGACGAGAACAGGAGGAGAACAGGGCGAGAACAGGACGAGAACAGGAGGAGAACAGGAGGAGAACAGGACGAGAACAGGACGAGAACAGGAGGAGAACAGGACGAGAACAGGAGGAGAACAGGAGGAGAACAGGAGGAGAACAGCACGAGAACAGGACGAGAACAGGAGGAGAACAGGACGAGAAUCAGGAGGAGAACAGGAGGAGAACAGGGCGAGAACAGGACGAGAACAGGAGGAGAACAGGACGAGAACAGGACGAGAACAGGACGAGAACAGGAGGAGAACAGGACGAGAACAGGACGAGAACAGGGCGAAAAAAGGAUGAGAACAGGACGAGAACAGGAGGAGAACAGGAGGAGAACAGGAGGAGAACAGGAGGAGAACAGGACGAGAACAGGAGGAGAACAGGACGAGAACAGGAGGAGAACAGGAGGAGAACAGGACGAGAACAGGAGGAGAACAGGACGAGAACAGGAGGAGAACAGGAGGAGAACAGGACGAGAACAGGACGAGAACAGGACGAGAACAGGAGGAGAACAGGACGAGAACAGGACGAGAACAGGGCGAGAACAGGACGAGAACAGGACGAGAACAGGAGGAGAACAGGACGAGAACAGGGCGAGAACAGGACAAGAACAGGAGGAGAACAGGAGGAGAACAGGAGGAGAACAGGAGGAGAACAGGACAAGAACAGGACGAGAACAGGACGAGAACAGGAGGAGAACAGGACGAGAACAGGACGAGAACAGGGCGAGAACAGGACGAGAACAGGACGAGAACAGGAGGAGAACAGGAGGAGAACAGGACGAGAACAGGGCGAGAACAGGACGAGAACAGGAGGAGAACGGGACGAGAACGGGAGGAGAACGGGACGAGAACGGGACGAGAACGGGACGAGAACAGGACGAGAACAGGACGAGAACACGGCGAGAACAGGAGAAGAACAGGGCGAGAACAGGAGGAGAACAGGAGGAGAACAGGACGAGAACAGGAGGAGAACAGGACGAGAACAGGGCGAGAACAGGACAAGAACAGGAGGAGAACAGGGCGAGAACAGGACGAGAACAGGACAAGUACAGGAGGAGAACAGGACAAGAACAGGACGAGAACAGGACGAGAACAGGGCGAGAACAGGACGAGAACAGGGCGAGAACAGGACGAGAACAGGACGAGAACAGGAGGAGAACAGGACGAGAACAGGACAAGAACAGGACGAGAACAGGACGAGAACAGGAAGAACAGGACGAGAACAGGACGAGAACAGGGCGAGAACAGGGCGAGAACAGGACGAGAACAGGAGAGAACAGGAGAAACAGGAGGAGAACAGGACGAGAACAGGAGGAGAACAGGACGAGAACAGAGAGAACAGGAGAGAACAGGAGGAGAACAGGAGAGAACAGGAGAACAGGAGGAACAGAGAACAGGACGAGAACAGGAGAGAACAGGACGAGAACAGGAGAGAACAGGAGGAGAACAGGAGGAGAACAGGACGAGAACAGGACGAGAACAGGAGGAGAACAGGACGAGAACAGGAGGAGAACAGGACGAGAACAGGAGGAGAACAGGACGAGAACAGGACGAGAACAGGACGAGAACAGGGCGAGAACAGGACGAGAACAGGAGGAGAACAGGAGGAGAACAGGAGGAGAACAGGACAAGAACAGGAGGAGAACAGGACGAGAACAGGACGAGAACAGGAGGAGAACAGGACGAGAACAGGAGGAGAACAGGACGAGAACAGGGCGAGAACAGGACAAGAACAGGAGGAGAACAGGGCGAGAACAGGACGAGAACAGGACAAGUACAGGAGGAGAACAGGACAAGAACAGGACGAGAACAGGACGAGAACAGGGCGAGAACAGGACGAGAACAGGACGAGAACAGGACGAGAACAGGAGGAGAACAGGACGAGAACAGGACGAGAACAGGACGAGAACAGGAGGAGAACAGGACGAGAACAGGACGAGAACAGGAGGAGAACAGGAGGAGAACAGGACGAGAACAGGAGGAGAACAGGACGAGAACAGGAGGAGAACAGGAGGAGAACAGGAGGAGAACAGGACGAGAACAGGACGAGAACAGGACGAGAACAGGACGAGAACAGGAGGAGAACAGGAGGAGAACAGGACGAGAACAGGAGGAGAACAGGACGAGAACAGGAGGAGAACAGGAGGAGAACAGGACGAGAACAGGACGAGAACAGGAGGAGAACAGGAGGAGAACAGGACAAGAACAGGAGGAGAACAGGACGAGAACAGGACGAGAACAGGAGGAGAACAGGACGAGAACAGGAGGAGAACAGGACGAGAACAGGAGGAGAACAGGACAAGAACAGGAGGAGAACAGGACAAGAACAGGACGAGAACAGGUCGAGAACAGGAGGAGAACAGGACAAGAACAGGAGAGAACAGGACGAGAACAGGACGAGAACAGGACGAGAACAGGAGGAGAACAGGAGGAGAACAGGAGGAGAACAGGACGAGAACAGGAGGAGAACAGGACGAGAACAGGAGGAGAACAGGACAAGAACAGGACGAGAACAGGACAGGAACAGGAGGAGAACAGGACGAGAACAGGACGAGAACAGGGCGAGAACAGGACGAGAACAGGACGAGAACAGGAGGAGAACAGGACGAGAACAGGACGAGAACAGGACGAGAACAGGACGAGAACAGGAGGAGAACAGGAGGAGAACAGGACGAGAACAGGACGAGAACAGGAGGAGAACAGGACGAGAACAGGACGAGAACAGGACGAGAACAGGAGGAGAACAGGACGAGAACAGGACGAGAACAGGACGAGAACAGGAGGAGAACAGGACGAGAACAGGACGAGAACAGGACGAGAACAGGAGGAGAACAGGACGAGAACAGGAGGAGAACAGGACGAGAACAGGAGGAGAACAGGACGAGAACAGGAGGAGAACAGGACGAGAACAGGAGGAGAACAGGACAGGAACAGGAGGAGAACAGGACGAGAACAGGAGGAGAACAGGACGAGAACAGGACGAGAACAGGAGGAGAACAGGACGAGAACAGGACGAGAACAGGAGGAGAACAGGACGAGAACAGGAGGAGAACAGGACGAGAACAGGAGGAGAACAGGACAAGAACAGGAGGAGAACAGGACGAGAACAGGACGAGAACAGGAGGAGAACAGGACGAGAACAGGACGAGAACAGGACGAGAACAGGACGAGAACAGGAGGAGAACAGGACGAGAACAGGAGGAGAACAGGACGAGAACAGGACGAGAACAGGAGGAGAACAGGACGAGAACAGGAGGA